AUCCCAUGGUCUCCCUGCUGCACGCACACAUUUUUAGUCGUGUGGUCCGUUCGUUCAAAAGCACAGGUCAUCCGACCACAAGCACGUUCCCAGAGACGAAGGCUAAUCACUCCGUUCCCGACUCAGCUCAGGGAGAGGUCAUCAGCAGCGGGGGCCUAAAUGUUUCUCGUGCUCGCUCCUCAAAUACAGUGUAUAGAUAUGAUGCUGUAGCUCAUGCGAUAUAUAGCAUGGUAACAUUCCACCUCUAGUUCUGUCAAAACGGAUAGCACGGUGAACAUGGUGAAGAAGAAGAGCGAGAGACAAUUUUGAGAUAUAUCUUCUCGUUUACAUUUCUUAGAGCACAAGCUGUGGAGAAACUUUCAUCAAGUUUCGAUGAAUGGUAUUCUACGACUUACCACGAUGAUGUCACGGAAAAGGAGAUGCUGCUAUGUCUUCACGGCUCUCGCGUUCACCUGUGCAUGCUCAGUGGUAUUUCCACCGCGUGACAUGCGAUCGGUGUUCACCGACUACUUGACGCGCACCCAUGGGGAGACGCGGAGGCUUCUGCAGAACAAUGUCGUGAAAUCGGCUUCCACUGCGGAAAUUCGGGAAGUACCAAAGAAGGAAGCGAGUAAGAACGAGAAGGAGAAGUACCGAGUGCCGAUCUUUUGGGACGACGGCGAGUUCAUGAAUGAUGACGAGCUCGAGAAAGAUGAUGAUCGUAGAGAUGAAGAGAAAGGGCACGUGGUCGAAGCAAAGAGUGCGCUAACUGAACCUCACGUAGAAAGGAACAAAAGUACCAACGUCGGCAGUGGUGCCAAAGACUCGGUUAAGUCGAACCAAAGUAAAAAUAUACCUGGUAAGACACAAAAAAUAAAUGUUUCAAUGAAUGACGGGACGAUGGCGGUCCUUGAUUACAAAAUGUCUCAGUUCCAGACAGUUAAGUCAGCGGUUAAAUCUCAGAGUGAAGAAACAGGUGAAACAAAUGAGACUACUAACAGGGUCCUUCCCGUUCACCUCCUGAUCGUAACCCAAAGAAGAUCAGGCUCGAGCUUCUUGGGACAGAUCUUCAACCAGAAUCCCUGGGUCUUUUUCCACUUUGAGCCCCUGAAACUUCUUGAGAUCAAGAAACGUAUUUAUCCUAAUGCUUCAUAUCUUCUCCAGCAUUUACUAAAGUGUCGUUUUGACAAGACUCCUUACCUAACCGAUUUCUAUAACAAUGAAACGCUGCAUAGAAUGUCGAGUAAAGUGCUAUGUUCACCUCCCCUAUGUAUGACAAAUGUGGAUUACAAUAGUAUGAGGUCUAGCACCGUCAAGAAAUGCAAUCCUCUUGAUCCCAAGGCAAUGGCCAGCCUAUGCAACCUACACCCACACAAAGUUGUGAAACUCAUUCGUCUAUAUAGCGUCGAAUCUCUAACGCCUUUGCUAAAAGACAAAAGUAUAAACCUUAAAAUCAUCCACCUCUUGCGCGAUCCAAGAGGGACGCUGUCUUCGAGAUCGAAGGAGAAUCACACGAGCACCAAAGAACUUUCCUUGGGCAAUACUCUCACUCAUGAUGCUACAUAUAUCUGCCGUAGGAUGAAACGCAACUUUAACUUUGUCCAAAAGAACCCGGAACUUCUUCGGGAUCGAUACCUCAGGAUCAGGUACGAGGACAUAGCUACCGAUCCUGAGGGUUGGACCAGGGAUCUUUACAAAUUCGCAGGAAUAGGGGAUGUCCCGGGAAAUGUGUAUGAUUGGAUCCAGCAAAAUACACACGAAAGCACUUCGGAGGAUGCGCGUGACAUUUAUUCUACGCACAGGAACUCUUCGGCCAAUGCGCAGGCGUGGCGCCAUCACGUGACGUUCCCAGUGGUCAGUGAGAUUCAAAACCAUUGUGGUGGCGUGAUGGAGGAGGCGGGUUACAGGCUAGUCAAAGAAGCUUCUGACCUGCAAAGGACUAAUUUAAGUUUUGUUUCCCCAAUUACGUGAUGUUUAUUCACGAAUAACUCGUCACGAAUCUGUGACAUCUUGUAUGUACGAUGCAAUAAUAGUAUGUGAUGAUCAUGACAUUUUUUUAAUGAUUUUUUAAAAUUAUGGCGGGCUCGUUGUAGGGCUUCCGGUUGUGCGGGGUGGGUACAUGUUUUAAUAUUAGUGAAAAUGUUUUGUUUCGGGGUUUUUUUUUGGGGGGUGGGGUCAUCAUUUUUUUUUUCACAUCUCCCUAUGUGUUGUAUGUAUUUAUUCAUUAUAGUUAUUUCGUUUCACUCAUUGUUCGUUUUGCAAGGGAGGGGCAAGGAACGGGGCACACGUUGUGAAUAAUGCCAUUGGCAUGCUAGUUGAUUAACCAGACAUUUUUUUUACAAUUUAUUUGAAUUGUCAAACAGCUUUUGCGUGGGUUGCGUCGUUGUCGGGGAUGAAUAAAAACCUUUGAGAUUUUCUUAGUACAGUCUCAAAGCCACCCCCUAGUCAUUUAUUUCAUUUUAUGGGGUAGGUUUAUUCUUUAUAUGCAAAUAUGGAGUGCGUGUUAUUAUCUUGUGACCAAUUUUACUCUCCGUUUUCAAAACAAAAUAAGUUUUAUCGAUUUAUAAAAAAAAAGUAUUUUCGUGUCUCUGUGAUUGUGUGUGUAAUUUAAUUUACUUAUUUAUUUUAAGAAUGUGGUAUUAUGCAAAAGACCCAAGAACGCCAUGUAUACAAUUCCCUUGGGUCGGUGUAUUUGAUGACGUCAUCGUAUAUGAAACGCCAUGUAUUAAAGUGGGAAAGUGAUACUUUUACUUAUGAUAUAUUUAUUUCAUAUUGUGUUUGCCUUCGAUCUUUUAAAUAAGCUUUCAUUGACCAAAUGUCUCGGUGCUAGUUAUGAUACAUAAGUAUUUUUGUAAACGAUUUUACGUUAAUGAUAUUUGUUAUUGUAUUUAUUUGCUCUUUUUGGAUAAAGAAUUUUGUUAUAAUAAUUAUGCAUUGUGAUAAAUGGAUGUGAUUAUAUGUGUUUUGACUUGAGUUAUAUCCCUAUCCUUCUUUCUCUCUUUGUCACCAGUGUAAUGGGUUCUUAGGUCUAGUGGUUAGACCAUGGACUUAUGAUCGUCAGGUUGUGAGUUCGAAUCCCCAUUCUGCCAUUGUCUCCUCUUGAUAAAAAGAGCCCGAGAGUAAUUUAUGUUGAUUACAAGAUCAGCCAUCAGCAAAAGCUGCCCUGCCGAGUUCAUACGGGAGUUACCAUAACAGAAAACGACAGAACUGUUCAUUAAUUUAAAGAAAAUGAAAUAAAAACUUGAAAUAUCUUUUUAUUCCCUUCCAAUAUCAUGACUUGAUUAAAGAAUCUUUGUCGAUAUGAGUCAGAAAAUGUCGUUGAUAGGCCCUACUAAAAUUAAAUUUCUCCGAAAGGUAACUGAGGAAUUUGAUGCAAAGGAAAAGAAAUGAAAUUAAGGUUAAUUUUAAACGAUUCAAAUUCUAUUCCUUUCAGUUUUUCUUCAUCGUGUCUUUUUAAUGUGAAUUGUCAUAUCGGUAUUUGUGCCUUUUUAAAAAUGAUUAUUUUUGUGCAUGCAUGAUUUCAAAACAGUACACUUUCAUUGUGAUUUUAACAUGUUUGAUAUGAUGGAAUAAUGCUUCAUCUUUGCUCUUUCAAUAUGGUGUUGUACUUAAAUUCUGUAAAAAUGUAUUUGUGAGUGGUUCGGUUUUUCAGAUAGAAUAAUCUUCUAUCAUAAUUUAUAAUAAAAUGUCAACAUAAAAAAAACACUUUCCUUAUCAUUAUUCAUUAUAUUGGUACUGCAGUUUUAAGAAAGCA